AUGGCGAGAUGUAAGGUCAAGUUGGGUUUUACUGGCUGUUUAACAGUGGAUUGUCAAGGUAGCAGUGGCGGAUUGGCUCUCUUGUGGAAACCUGAGGUAAAUUUACAAAUCAUAAACUACUCUUCCCAUCAUAUUCAUGCUUUGAUUAAAGGUGAGGGGCCACAUGAGAGGGAUUGGGUGUUCUCUGGUAUUUAUGGUCACUCUGUCACGGCUAGUAGACAUGAAACUUGGGGAUUAUUGCAUCAUUUGUGUCGUUUAACCAGUUGCCCAUGGUUACUUAUGGGCGAUUUCAAUGAGAUUUUAGAGCCUAACGAAAAAAGGGGCGGCAAUAGGAGAUCUGAGGGUCUCAUGGAGCAUUUUCGAGCAGCUCUAAUUGAUUGUAAUUUGCAAGACCUGGGUUUUAGCCGGGGUCCCUAUUUUACUUGGUGUAAUGGUAGAGAGGGGGAAGGAUGCAUAUGGGAAAGAUUGGAUCGAUGCUUGGCUUCCCCCGAUUGGGUGGAGGCCUUUCCUAAUUUUCAGGUGUCUCAUGGCUCGGUGUCAUACUCAGACCACCUUCCCAUCUGGCUUAAUACUGAAGGUGUCUCCCAGUAUGAUAGAAGAAAGAAAAUGUUCAGGUUCGAAUCAAUGUGGGUGGGUCAUGAAGAGUGUGAAGCAAUAAUAAAAGAUGUGUGGCAGAAUGAAGAGGGUAGAGGGAACAUGGUUGCGACCAUGAGAAGAGUAAAAGAGUGCAAUAGCAAGCUGGAUAACUGGAACCGUACUCGUUUUGGUUUGGUCCAUAAGAACCUAGCCAAAGCAAAGGACAAAUUACAAACCUUGCAGGAGGAAGAUCCGAACUGUGUGGAAGCUGAGAACCUAAAGGCUCCCAGGAAGGAGGUCCAACUCUGGUUGGAAAGAGAUGAAUUAUUGUGGAAACAACGGUCGAGAGUUUUGUGGCUACAUAGUGGCGAUAAGAACUCUAAAUAUCUUCACUCAAAGGCCUCACAACGGAAAAAAAGGAACUUUAUAGUAAAACUGCAAGAUUCUGAAGGAAGAUGGAGAGAAGGAGCACAAAGAGACAGCUUAAUAAUUGAUUAUUUCCAAACACUCUUCUCACCAUCCGCAGAAAGGGGUGCAUGGGAUGUUUUAGAAGGGCUGGAAGGUAGACUUACCCCAGAGUUGAGUUUGGAUUUGGAAAGAGAGUUUGUAGCUGAAGAGGUGACCCUUGUUGUGAACCAAAUGCACCCUAAUAAAGCACCUGGCCCAGAUGGUAUGUCCCCUCUUUUUUAUCAGAAAUAUUGGCAUGUUUUGGGUAAUGAUAUUAUUGCAGCAGUUCUUAAUGUCUUGAAUACUGGUGUUUUUCCUGAGGGCUUUAAUCAUACUUUGUUAGUCUUAAUCCCUAAAAAGAAAACUGCUACACAGUUAGCAUUUGUGCCGGGGAGAUUAAUCACGGAUAAUGUCUUAGUAGCUUAUGAAUUGGUGCAUUUCCUUAAACAGAAAAGAAAGGGGAAGAAGGGUUUUAUGUCCUUGAAGCUGGACAUGUCCAAGGCUUAUGACCGGGUCGAGUGGGAUUUCUUAGAAGAGAUAUUAUUGAGGCUGGGAGUUGGGCUUAUUAGUUUGCUAAGACAAGCUGAUGUAAACCAAACAGUGACAGGUAUUAAGCUGUGUAGGGGAGCCCCUCAGAUUAAUCAUCUACUUUUUGCAGAUGAUUCAGUCAUCUUCUGUAAGGCUGAUUUGGGUUACAACCCAUCCUAUACAUGGAAAGGAAUCUGGGAAGCAAGGAAGAUCCUAUUGAAAGGAUGCCAAAUGCGAAUUGGGAAUGAACUCACGGCUAGAAUUUGGGAGGACACAUGGAUACCAGGACAUCAAGCUCUAAAGAAUGGGAUGUCCCUCUGUGAAGGGACUGAUAUGACAGCAAAGGUUGCGCGCCUCAUAGAUAGCCACACAGGGUGGUGGGAUGUUGAACAGGUCCGAGCUCUCUUCAAUCCAAUUAUUGUUUCUGAUAUUCUUAAGAUAGUGUUAAGCCCUGGUAGAUAUGAAGAUGCAUGGUUCUGGCGACAUGAGAAGAGUGAAAAUUUUAGUGUGAGGAGUGCAUACAGAUUUAUGGCAGCUCUGGAAUCUCAAAACUCACCUGAAAACUCUACAAGAAAUGAAGAUAAGAAAUUGUGGAAGGCUUUAUGGCGAAACAAGCUGAUUUAUGAGAAAGUGAAGGAGAACCCUAUAGCUGUUAUCCACCAUGCUUUAAGCCUUCAAAUUCCUACCUCCUUUUUAAGGAAUUCCCCAAACUUGCGAUCUGCAGUAUGCUGGAAUGUCCCUCCAACUGGUUUUGUCAAACUCAAUGUGGAUGGGGCAUUGUUCUACGAUUAUCAAAAGGCAAGUGUGGGGGCUGUGGUUAGGGAUGAUCAUGGUCAAGUCAUAAUGGCAGUAAGCAAAUCUGAACCAGAGGUAUCAGAAGCUGAAGCUGUGGAAUUAAUUGCAAUGCUUCGUGGAUUACAAUUUACUUCUCAACUGGGUUUUUCCAGAAUAAUUCUAGAAAGUGAUUGCCUUAUUUUAGUGGAAGGCUUACAAGCAGAUGGGGAGUCCUUCUCAGUAUCGGGAUAUCUCAUUUCGGAGGUAAAGAGGAUGCUUCAUCUUUUCCUAGAGGCCAGGGUACAACAUGUCCCACGUAUGGGGAACCAAGUAGCUCAUUGUUUGGCAAGGCAUGCUUGGAGAGUAAAAGAUGUGGAAUUAUGGAUGCAUUCUUUUCCUGAUUUUAUUGCACAACAUGUUUGGUUGGACAAUUCUCUAGUGUAA